CUGCUGUAUGUGACUUUGAAAAAGAGAGCUGUGGGUGGACUGAAACUGCAAAUGGAGAUGAAUUUGGCUGGGUAAGAGGUUCCAGUAGUGCUCUUGCACCUGCUUUUCAGAAGCAAGCUCCUCCGCAGGAUCAUACCUACAACAAAUCUGAAGGUCAUUUUAUGUUCAUCCUGAAAAACAGCAGCAGCAUUUCACAAGUAGCUCGGCUACGAAGCCCAAAGUUCAUGCAAACAGGAUCAAAUUGCACAUUGUCCUUUUGGUAUUACAAUUAUGGAUGGUCUGUUGGAGCAGCAGAGAUGCAAUUGCUUGUGGAUGGGUUGAAACAGCCUACGGUCCUUUGGAGGACAUAUUACAAUGAGGGAAAUCAGUGGUUGAAGACAGUCAUUCAGCUUGGACGCCUUGCACAUCCUUUCCAAUUGUCACUUGAUAAAAUCAGUCUGGGUGUUUAUGAUGGUGUCUCAGCAAUUGAUGAUAUUACAUUUGAAAACUGUGCUCUUCCACCUCCAGCAUUAAGUUGUGAAGGUCCUGAUCGUUUCUGGUGCAGAGACACAAAAGCAUGUAUUGAUAGUUUAUUGGUCUGUGAUCUUGUGGAUAACUGUGGGGAUGGAUCAGAUGAAGACAACUGUAAUCCUGACCUACAGUGUGACUUUGAAAAUGGGCUGUGCAAUUGGGCGCAGGAUGUUGAGGAUGAGUUUGACUGGAUCAGAAUACAGGGUCCAACCCCCACGGUUAAUACAGGCCCGUUGAAGGAUCACACGACAGGCACGGCCAGGGGACACUACCUCUACAUGGAAUCCUCUGAGCCACAUCAAUUCCAAGAUAAAGCAGUUUUGCUCAGUCCUCUCCUCAACCCUUCUGGCAAUGGAAUCUGCGUUUUCCGCUUUCAUUAUCACAUGUUUGGAAAGCAAGUUUACAAGCUGUCAGUGUUUCAGAGAACUGUGAGUAACACCAAGGGAUGGCCAUUGUGGUACGAGUUUGGAAAUCAAGGAAACAGAUGGAUCAGACAGACACUCUACAUCAGCAGCUCUAAGCCAUUUCAGAUCUUGGUGAAAGGAACCAUAGGAGAUGGUUUCACUGGAGACAUUGGACUUGAUGACAUGUCUUUUCUAGGCUGUACUCUUUACAGUGGAAUCUUGCCAACAAUCUCUACAACUCCUUCAGGAACUUCAGUUCCUGCCACGCUCCCCAUGAACAACUGCACAGAGAAGGAAUUUGUCUGUAGACCCUCUGGCCAUUGCAUCCAGAUGAUCCAGAAAUGUGAUUUUAGACCUGACUGCUCUGAUAAGUCUGAUGAGUCAGCUUGUGUUACGGAAGUCUGUGACUUUGAAGAUCAAAAUCAGUGUGGAUGGUAUCAACCAGCCUUGGAAAAGAUGUCAGGAAAUGAUUCCAUCCAUACUACAAACAUAUUCAAGUGGGAACUUGGAAGAGGGGCAAAUCUCUACCCUGGACAAGAAAACCACUGCCCAUUAAUUGAUCAUACUAUGUGUACUGAGGAAGGCUGGUAUCUGUUCACAGACAGCUCGAAUGGAGAAUUUGGUCACACAGCUGACAUUGCUACUCCAGUCAUCUCCCUUACAGGGCCCAAAUGCAAGAUCAUAUUCUGGAACCACAUGAAUGGUUCAACAAUAGGUUCUCUGGAGGUACUCUCUAAAACUGGUAACAAGAUUUCUAAACUGUGGACUCAAAGUGGCAACCAAGGUCCUCAAUGGAACAGAGCAGAAGUGUUCUUAGGAUAUCGUUCAAAUUUUCAGAUUGUUUUCAGGGCAAAACGUGGUGUCAGUUACAUGGGAGAUGUGGCAGUGGAUGAUAUAACCUUUGAAGAUUGUUCCCCUUUGCUCAUCUCAGGCAGACCUUGCACAUCAGAGGAAUUCACAUGUGCCAACAAGUACUGCAUCCCAAAAGAUAAUCUGUGUGAUUUUGUAAAUGACUGUGCAGAUAACUCAGAUGAGAAUCCUAUUAUUUGCAGUACAUCUGUUGGGCGUUGCAAUUUUGAGUUUGAUCUUUGUGGAUGGAUGCAGGAUGAAAACGAUGAUUUUGACUGGAACCUCAGAACUAGCAGUACAACAAAAAUAGGCACGGGACCAGCUACUGAUCAUACAUUACAAGAGCCAUCUGGUUAUUAUAUUUUUAUAAAGAGUUCAUUUCUUCAGAUGCCAGGACAGAAAGCUAGGAUCUCUAGUCCUAUCCUAAGCAGAAGGAAUAAAGACUGCAAGAUAUUUUUCUAUUACCAUAUGUAUGGAGCCCACAUUGGAUCAUUGAUUGUCUACCAGAUAACUACAGCGAAACAUGAAACAAUUCUCCUUAAUCUUACUGGAAACCAGGGAAAUUUCUGGCAGCGUAAAGCACUGAUCCUGGCUGAGGAUGGAGAUGAAGAUUUCCAAGUUGUCUUUGAAGGGACAUCUGGAAAAGGUCCCAAAGAUGGCAUAGCACUUGAUGACCUCACAUUUUCCAAAGAUUGCUUACCAUCCCGGGAGUUUUUACCAGCAGAACCCACAAUGCUGCCUCCAACAGGCUCCUGCUCAGACAGCUAUUGGCAAUGUCAGAACGGCAAGUGUUACAGACCAGAACAAAGCUGUGAUUUUGAAGACGACUGUGGGGAUAAUACAGACGAGAGUGAAUGCGGAACUUCCUGCACUUUUGAGAAUGGUAGAUGUGGCUGGCAAAAUUCCCUAGCAGACAAUUUUAACUGGGUGCUAGGGGUCAGCUCGCCUCAAAGCCUUAGACCUCCCAGGGACCACACGCUUGGAAAUAGAACCGGACAAUUUCUGUAUCUUGAGGCCACUGCAAUAAGCUUAAAAAAUGAAAAAGCCCAUGUGAAGAGUUCCAGAUGGAAAGAAUCAAGCGGGACUUGUGUGAUGAGCUUCUGGUACUUUCAGCCAUCAAAAAACAUGGGACGUAUUCAGGUUCUGAUUAAG